AGGGUUCCACUGUCGUUAGAAUGAAAGAAGAACCAAUGUAAGCCAGAUCCAUGAAGUCAUCCACAGGGAACAGGUCUUGCUGCAAAGUCAAAGAAGAACAAGUCUCAAAUAUGGCUUCAUGGUUGGGUGCCGAACUAACCAGAACUUAUUACAUAACUGCUGGCCCAACAGGAAGGUUCAAAGACAACAAUCCUGAGCGGACUGAGUUAAAAAAACGAAAAAUGUGCAAAUUCCACAAUCGUUUAUUUGUGUUUUCAUUGCUGGCAUUCGGUUGCUGCGUAAAUUUGGUUUGGUCCAAACCGGUGCUGAAACAAGAUUACAAUGAGGAUUCCAAUUUGAAUUUCAAUCAAAUUAUGGCCCUGACUGCCCUGUUGUCUCCACAGGAUAACUAUGAUCUACACUAUGACCAGAGGCAAAAGGGUUCAGAAAAUUAUCGCGUCAAAUUGGAUGGUUUCUUUAUUGGCAUUCCGCAAGAGGAGAGCUCAUCGCUGCUGCUACUAACAGAUGAUAUUUUGGAAAGUUUUGGUGAAGAAAUACUUUCCAAACCGGAAAAGACCAAAAAACGUAAAGAAUCGUCCUUGGAAUUGGAAAGCUAUCCCAAUUCACAAAGACCUCUACAAAUCGGAGAGCAAGAUGUGCCUUCAUUGGUGGUGGAAAUUCCAUCUUACGGUGGCCAAAAAUAUGGGGAGGCCCGUACAAAUGAGGAUGGCGGAGAGGAGUUGCCUCGUAAACCCAGCACCAGCAAGACCAGGUCGUUUGUGUCACAUCUUUUGGGGCUUCUAAAGAGGGGUCAUAGAAAUUAA